AUGAGCUGUCUGGAUGUUAUGUACCAAGUGUAUGGUCCUCCCCAGCCGUACUUCGCCGCAGCCUACAGCCCCUACCCGCAGAAACUCGCCUUGUACUCCAAAAUGCAAGAAGCCCCGGAGAGCGGCAGCAGCGCCGGCGCGAGCAGCUCCUUCUCCAGCCACGCCGCAGCCAGCAUCAAGGAGGAGGAGUGCAGCCCCGAGAAGGAGAGGCCCCCCGAGGCUGAGUACAUCAGCUCCCGGUGCGUCCUCUUCACCUACUUCCAAGGGGACAUCAGCGCCGUGGUGGACGAGCACUUCAGCCGGGCGCUCAGCCAGCCCAGCAGCUUCUCUCUCGGCAGCGCCAAGGCGACUCGGAACGCCGGCUCCUGGCGGGAUGGCUCCUUCCCGAUGAGCCAGCGCAGCUUCCCCCCAUCCUUCUGGAACAGCACCUACCAGCCCUCCUCAGUCCCUGUCACCCUUAGCAGCCCCCUGGCUGCCCACAGCGAGCUGCCCUUCACCACCGCGGACCCCUAUGCCCCAGCCUCCCUGCACGGCCACCUGCACCAGGGUGGCCCUGAGGCCUGGCAUCACGCCCACCACCACCACCACCACCAUCCCUACCUCGGGACGCAGAGCACAGCCUACCCCCGCCCUGCAGCCAUGCACGAGGUCUACGGCCCUCAUUUUGACCCUCGCUAUGGCUCCCUGCUGGUGCCCACCGCCUCCGUCCGCCCCCACCGCCUCACUCCCGCCGCCGUGCCCACACCGGUCAGCCCACCCUGUGAGCUGGGCAAGGGCGAGGCGGGCCCUGCUGCUGCCUGGACGACACCGGGACCCUUCCCCAAUGCGGCAGGAGACGUGGCACAGAGCCUCGGCCUCAACGUGGACGCAGCUCGGCGUUACUCCUUCUGUGGUGGAUCCCUUCUGAGCUGA